AUGACGGCGCCUAUUAUCUUUGUAACAGGCACUGACACUGACGUUGGAAAAACUUUUACUAGCGCCCUCCUAGUAUCAAAAUGGCAAUGUGAUUAUUGGAAACCUGCCCAAACUGGUCUUGAGUCGGACACUGGGGACACCAAAACCGUACAUGAUUUUUGCAGCAGUGGCAGACACAUGCCACAUUUAUUUCCGCCGCGUUAUGCUCUCCAGAAACCACUCUGCCCACUGGAGGCUAUGGAUUUUGAGCCACAUCAUGAUAUUCAGCUAUCGGAUUUCCAACUCCCAGAAGAAAGAAUAAAUACGCCGCUAGUGAUUGAGGGUGCCGGUGGCAUUUACGUACCCAUAACUAGAGGCUUACACGUCACGACAGACCUCAUAAAGCACUUUAUUACCAGCACGUCCCGUCCCGUGCGGAUUAUUGUGGUGGCAAGGAGUGGCCUGGGGACUUUGAAUCAUACUUUGUUGACCAUGGAACACCUUAAAAACGCCGGUCUUCUAAGCCAUACGUUAGGAUGCAUCGUGAAUGGACAAAAGAACCCUGGAAACGUUGCAAUCUUGGAAAGGUAUGGCGUGAGUAUAUUGGCGCAAGUUGAUCAUUGUUCUACAAAGGAGGACAUUACACUGGCAUUAGGCCAGAUUCCUGAACUUGCCGACCUAAGCCUUUAA